GAAAAGGGGGCAUUACUUCAUUUCUAUAACAAGUAUAAGUCAUGCCCGUAGCGGGGGGUUAAAUUUACGAAGUAUCUUUCUAAUUUUCAAUUUUGCCCACUUCGUGACCCUCGAUCAUUCUACAGACUUGAAGCGUUUAAUAAGCGAUUUUCGAAUUUAUGUUUCACGGAGAGAUAAUCAAACGGUAAAUUGCAAUAGUUGAAAUGGCGCCUGUUCAUAAAGUCGCUCUUAUCCAACUUCAUCUUAAGCCUCUUUCCCCUGCCGAGAAUUUCGCCAAAGCCGAAUCGUUUAUAAGAAAUGCCGCCCAAGAGGGGUGUCACUUGGCUGUCCUACCUGAAUAUCAUCUCACCUCUUGGGUCCCGGAUGAACCGAAUUUUAGAGAAUCAUGCGCAGAUUCAGCAACUUACCUGAAGAGGUACCAGGAAUUAGCUAAAGAGUUGAAUAUUUGUAUUGUACCUGGUACGAUUAUAGAAUUGGAAGGCGAUUCUCUUCACAAUAUCGCGUACUUCAUAUCUUCAAGUGGGGAGAUAGCGGGGCGAUACCAAAAGAAAAACCUGUGGCAUCCAGAACGAAAACAUCUAGUAUCAUCAGCCGAUCAAUCACACGAAGCUUUCGACACACCGUUGGGAAGAGUGGGAUUAUUGAUAUGUUGGGAUAUGGCUUUCCCUGAAGCAUUUCGAGAACUUAUCUCCGAUGGUGCUCAAAUCAUAUGCGUUCCUACGUUUUGGAGUUUGAGGGAUGUGUCGGAUGAGGGAUAUGCUCUUAAUCCAGAUGGCGAGGCGCUAUUCUUGAAUAGCACAGUCGUUAGCCGAGCAUUUGAGAACACAUGCGCAAUUGUGUUUGUCAACGCAGGGGGUCCGCCAGAGAAAGGAGAGAAUACUAGCUUCGCAGGGUUGAGUCAAGUUGGUGUGCCACAUAUUGGUCCCUUAGGAAGAAUGGGACGUUCAGAAGGAAUGUCUAUCGUGGAUUUGGACAUGGAUGUGUUGAAGAUUGCAGAGGACAAUUAUAAAGUGAGGGAGGAUAUGAAGAGAGAAGGAUGGCAUUACGCAUAUACACAGAUUCGGGAUGCCAGUAAACUAUAG